AUGUUUGAUAGUAUUCAGUUUGAUUGCAAUUCGAGUGUUUUCAGUUUGAUAUUCAGUGCUGACAAUUCUCCAAAUUUUGCAGUUUACUUUCUUCAAAAUGAUGGCUACAGACAGCUGAAUAAGGGUUGUGCCCAAUCACUAAGCUUUUAUGCUACUUUAUUGCUAGCUUGCUGCUCAAUGUCUAGACGGAAUUCAUUCUCUAGUGGAAAAUCCACUGAGUCAGUUGGAUCGUAUUGCUUCAUCCAUGGUCACAAACCUUGCAAUGGUGAUUCUUCCCGUCCGGAUCUUGUGCCUGAUGCGAAAUGGUGGCUGAACCAUUAUGGGCUUGAGCAAGGGUACUCCAUUGACCAGCUAAAUGCAUUCGACAUGGAUGCUAAACUUUUGGCUGCUAACUACCUUAAGGAAAAACCGAAAACGGACGGAGAAAGCAAACUUAUUGAGGAAUAUGUUAGUACUGACUCCAAAAAUGAUCCUUCUUUUUCUUCAGAGCACUUGAAGCAUUUGUACUCUCACUGCAAGAGUAAUGGAGAUAGCUGGUUGCUCGGAUUUGAAUCUGCCAUUAAUGAUCCCCAAAAUGCUCACUUCGCUGGUUUGGAGUCCUGCAAUAGCACCCUCUUUGAACAGCCGGAGAAGCUUUGUUCUGAUCUGGACUCGCACUGGAUUGGAGUUAAGAAGGUUGACCCAUGGUGGGAUGCAGUUGAAAAAGAUGAUUUGGCAUCCUUGACUUCCCCGAAUUCAUCUCACCAGAAUAAAAAUUGCAAUCAUCCAGGAGUUCAGUCCGUGCAUGGUGAAAGUGCUUCUGAAAAUGGUCUGUUGUGUUUCGACCAACGUGAAGAAAGAAUGGUGGAUAAACAGAUAAAACUCUCACGUGUGCCCCAAUGUACUCAAGGUGAUUUUGCUUCUGUGAGCAUUGUGAACCCACUCGGUAAACAAGGGUUAGCAGAUCCUACACUGCAAGAGUCGGAUAGAAGUUGCAGCAGCAAAGUUGGUCAGAAUGCAGCAAAAGUGGACUCAUCGGAUACUCGAGUACAAAAUGGUGAUCUUAGCAGAGGCGAACUAUUAGAGGCACUCUGCCACUCUCAAACAAGAGCGAGAGAGGCUGAGAAGUUGGCACAAGAAGCCUGUGACGAAAAGGAUCAUGUUUUCGAUCUCUUUUUCCAGCAGGCGUCGUGCCUCUUUGCUUAUAGGCAGUGGCUCCGCCUGCUGCAGCUAGAGACAUUAUGCCUUCAUCUCAGAAGCAAAGAUGAGAUCACCUCUUUUACCCUGCCAUCUCUCUCACCUUGGGUCAAGAGGAAUUUGUGGAAAAACAGAUUCGAUGCUGCUGCUAAAAAGAAGGUAAACCGACGGAGCUGUAACGCUAGCAGAUGUGCUGUUGCUUUUGCAAUAGGUUUGGGUCUCGCUGGUGCUGGUUUACUCGUUGGUUGGACGAUCGGAUGGCUCUUUCCUGCUUUUUGA